AGAGAAAAUAUACCCUGAGGAGUAACAUUUAUCAUGCUGAGAUUCGGGCAGCACCUCAUCAAGCCCUCCAUGGUGUUCCUGAAGACUGAGCUCUCCUUUGCUCUUGUGAACCGGAAGCCGGUGGUCCCAGGGCAUGUCCUCGUUUGUCCUCUGCGGCCAGUGGAGCGUUUCCGUGACUUGUGUCCUGAGGAAGUGGCCGAUUUAUUUCAUACGGCACAAAGGGUUGGCAAUGUGGUGGAGAAACACUUCUGCGGCACCUCGCUCACCAUUUCAAUUCAGGAUGGGCCCGAAGCUGGACAAACAGUAAAGCAUGUUCAUGUCCAUGUCCUUCCAAGGAGGGCCGGAGACUUCAGAAGGAAUGACGAUGUCUACGAGGAGUUGCAACGACAUGACAAAGAGGAUUCCUCUGACAAGUGGAGGACAGAAGAAGAAAUGGCAGCUGAAGCAGCAAUUCUGAAGAAGUAUUUUGGGGAAAAUUAAAGGUAACAAAGUGUUUGAAAAACAUCCCGUGACAUAAGAAACUCCCCAGAAAGACUGACUUCAUUCUCCAGUUCUCAAUGGCCCUGGAGCUGCAGCUGAACAAUUUUAUUAUAUUCUGCAAAUAUGGGAUUCUUCCAUGAAAAAUUUUAUUGGACCUUUGGAUAUCAUCAAGGUUGAAUUUCAGCUAAGACAACUAACAUCACUGAUUCAAAAUAUUGCUCUGAGUAGUAGCUCAUAUUUUUCUGAAUUGUGUACUUGGGAAUGAAUCUUUUUAAAUUGUCCCUUGGCCUAAAUUGAAAUAAAGUGCUAGCAAAAUCAGGUAGCUACUGUGUUUAGGUACAUUACAAAGUG